AUGUCGACUUCACAUCAUAAUUUGAAAAAUGGAUUUGUGCCAGAGGAUCAUGUUAACGAACUGGGUGUUUUUAUUCAGAAACACGGUCCUCAGUUGGCUGGAAUCCCAGAAAAAUAUUGGGCAUCCCUUUAUUACAAACUUACCGAACAGGUCUUUGAUGCAGGUAAUGUCUUCAAGAUUCUGAAGAUUGUUUCUGAAAAUGACUCCGAUGACAAUGAAGAAGAAAAGAGUGAAGAAAGAAUUGACAGAAUGUCUGCUGAGCCGACCUUUAGCUGGAAAGUAGUCUUGGAUUCAGCCAAGCCACUCAAAGUGGCUCAACCUGAGCACAUCUACCUGAUUGACCACUCAUGGACCUACUGGCCUAAAGAUGCUCGAGCCCACCUUCAACAGAUUCCUAGUCUUCUAGAACGAAUGUCCAGUUUGAUGGACAUCAAUGCAGAUGAUCUAACUAAGGAGGGUCUCACUGAGCAAGUCCUCAAUAAGAUGUGGUCGUACAACCAAGUCUACAGUUUUGGUCACUUACAGAUGGGAUCAGAUGAUGCUAUGCCCGUUUGGUAUAUAAUGGAUGAAUUUGGCUCUAAAAUCCAACAUUCUGAUGACCCCUCAUUCAAAAUCGCUCCAUUUUACCAUGUAACUGAGCAGUUGUGCUAUACUGUUCUUUGGCCACUAAAAGAUUUGGAUGUUGGAGAUGAGGUGACUCGUGACUACAUACAAAGGGAAUUACCUUCCUUGGAACGGAGAUGUUGUCUCCUCCCUUGGCAACCUGCAGACAUGACAUCUAUUGAUUUCUUCCAUACUGAACCCGAGGAUGACUACUUCAAGGUUUACCUAAAUCCCUUUUUCUAUCAUCAAAAAAAACUCUCUUUAUUUUCACUGUCUUCUUUUUAUAACUUCUCUCUUAAAUGUUUUAGAUGA